UCAGCGCGCUAACGUAAAUACAAAAUCCGUUUUGAAUUAAGAUCUUUUAGCUAGCUAGCUAUUUUAACUGAGUAUUCUGCGUCACCACGAGGUCCCGCCCAUUUCGCAAUAGUCCCCUCCCCAUCGGUAGAACGGAGAAGCCAUUUUUGUUUCAUGUCUGAAAACCUUCGUUGACUAGAAUUUGAUGCAUAUUGGGUUCUGGGAAGAGGGACUGGCCCUACUGUGACCCUGUGCAGGAUAGGUUACUGAAGAUGAACCAAUGAAGAUGCAAUAUUUUUUACUUCCAUUAGAAGACACCUGAAGCCUUUAUGCAUCCCAUCUGUGGAUGGGUACCAUGAAUUGUGAAGAACCAAAUGUGGAGAGGGCUGUUCUCUCCUGGUCCAGAUUUGCUACGGCUGGCCAAACUGCCCUCAAGGAGGCCCUGAAGGUCUUCAAUCCCAUUUCCCAGGACCUCUCUGAGACAGAGAGGCAAAUGGUAUCUUUUCUUCAGGCGUUAAAAGAUGAAGGACGUAAACCAGUGGUGUUAAGAAGCAAAGAUGUAUAUGGAUACAGGUCUUGCACAACACGAUCUCUCACAACAGAGAUUGGCAGUAAGAUUCCGAGAGUACAAAAACCUUGUAAGAAACGAGGUCGAAAGACUUUGAUAAAAAGCAAGGAUGCCAGUUCCUCAGUUUUCGGUACAACCACCAAGGCCAUCUUACAAAACCAGCCCAAGAUUCUACUGACCAAUCUCUCAGUAGAUACCCUCAAGCAGACUGUUUCACCCAAGCCAUCAGUGCCGAUUCCAAGUUCUGUUCAAGUGCAACAGUGCCUGAAAUUAACAAACAUAAAGGGUGUUACUGGGGGCCAUACUGCAAGGCUGCAAAUUCAUUUUGGUGUGGACUCGCAAAGCACGAUCAGUCCCAGUGUCCAUUGCCCACCAACACUCUCUGGGAUACCACACUCUCCUUCAGAAAACAUCACUCAAACGUCAAGUGUAGUAGCUUUGGACAAUAAAAGAAUUUUGUCCUGUCCAGUUAAAGUGGAUGAUGCUCUCAUUGGAGAUUCUGCCCCAAUUGUUUGUCAAAAUGGUAUUAGUCUGAAAGACGGUAAAAAGGUCCAGAUAAUAUCAGGUAAAUCUGGUGUGAUGAGCAAUGGUUUGAACUGUGAGGACAGUGAUUCUAUGAGAAGGCUGAACUGCCAAGCUUUAGGUUGGUCUCAGCCAGCGCUCGUCACGAAUGGCCAAGACGUGUCUAAACUGAAUGGAAAUAGUCUUCAGUGGAAAGUCAUCAAAGUGGACGAGUCUGUCACUGACGAGGAGGUGAGGAAAGAGGCUCAGAAAAUCUUGCGAGUCAAUUUGUCACCUGUGAUACAGAUUCAUCCACUUGUACAUUCUGUAUAGACUAGAGAGAUCAAAAGUGACUUUUAUAUCCACAUAUACUAUUAGAAUUUCUUAUACUGGGGCGUUACUUGGAUCAAAACAGAUGAUUUUCAGUCUGAGUGGGAGUCUUAUCUCAAAUUAUGCAUUUUUCACAUGUAUGACCAACUCUGGAGAUCCAAAGAGGGAAAUUAGUUUGAUUUUCCGUUACAUAAGUGUUUAUUUUAUUUUAUUCAUUGGAAUUUUGCCUUGACUUUGAGAAACUAAGUUAAAAUAAAAAAACACAUUGUAUCACUAUGCAGUGUUCCUAUAUCCCCCCUUUUUGGAACAGGCUCCCUGAGAAACAGAAUUUAUAAAUUAAUCGGACUCAAUGUAAGAAUCAAUGUAAGAUUGGUUUAGAGGGAUGAUACAUUAUUAUAAGUUGUUAUAUUUCCGUUUGCUAUUGUUUUUGAAAUGCCUUGGCUGUGUGUGUAUUUUUCCAAUGCAUACGUCAGUAGGUAUAGACUGAAAAAUGUUUAAGUUUUAAUGGUACAUGCGGGUAGGAUUAUGUUCAUUCACUAGCUACAGUUACAGACCUAGCUGUCACAGUGAGUCUUGCUUGUCCAACACCAUACUAUGUUGAAGAUAACAGUGGCUUGAGUUAGAGGCAUUUUUAAAAAGGGGGGGGGGGGGGGAACAUGAUUCAUUGCUGAAUAUUGAGUACAGAUUUUUUUUUGCCCCCAGAAUUGCUUAGUAUUCUUCUUGCUUUAAUUCAACAGCUAAUUGUCAAUCCCUCUAAUUUUGAGAUUUACAGAACUAAAGCUGCAUUUUUUAUGUUCUUGAUAUAAUAAUGUCAUAUAUUAUAAUGAUAUAAUAAUGCCUAUAAUAAUGAGUUUUACAUCUAGUGAGAACUUUCUACUAAUUUGAAUCUGUGAAUUUGAGGUUAUUACCGCAACUCUGGGACAUGGUUUCCUCUGAGGCCCUGGUCAGUUCUUCUCCUGCUUUUCUACAUACACCAUAAGCAGCAAGCAUGGCUGUGGUUUGACUGGGGAGUAUAGAUGUUGAGAGUCACUAUAAUCAUUAUAAACACUCAACCAAGACAACUGGAAAUAGUGAAGGCCUGGCCAGGACUUAGCAGUGCAUAAGAAAAAUGCAAAAAAAAGAGAAAAGAAUCCUUACCCCCCUGUACCAUUUAAGAGAUUGGGAGCACUAUGAUAGAUUAAUUUUAUCACAGGGCAAAAGAAAUGGCCUUACUUUUUCUUUUUUUUUUUUUUUUUUUUGAAAAUGUGAUGGUGUAUUUUAUUCUGUACUUCUCACUUCAAUUUUUUUUAAAUGAGACAACACUGGUAUUUUGGUGCUCAAUGAUUACAAUGUUGCCAUACCCACUAGCCUUCACAAUUAUGUAAUAAAUUGCUGACAUUGAUGGCCUAGAGCCUAAUUUCACUUUCAAUAACAAUAUUAACCAACAUCUUUCUGGUUCCCAUUUUAAAGUCUUGUCUAAUGACUGAUCUGGGUGAGAGUCAAGCUUGGCAACUUCUCAGCCUUCAGUCAGCAGAACUUGCAUCCAGUUUGUCAAAAACAGUUUGGGCAUAAACAUCCCAACAGCUCUGUUUCUCUAUAUGUUUUUAAUAUCCAUAUUGUCAUGGUGAUAAACAUCCAAGCACACCCCAAAAACCAACUAAGUUUUUUCCACCAAAAAUACUGACUAAGAAGCUCAUUUUGAGGUCGUAUAUACAUAUCUUUAUUUUUUUCUUUCCCCCUCUAAUGACUCUCUAUAUACAUAGCUUGAGCUUAGAUAUGGAUGUAUUUUUCAAGACUAUUGGAGUGUAUUUGUCAGCAAAUGUUCAUGAUCUUUUGCAGAAUCUAACUGUAAACUCUUAAAUACUGCAGUUUUUACAUAACACUUAACCUGUGUACACAGUUGAACCUUUUCAAAUGAGCAUUCAGCCAUUCCUCAUGACUUUGUUAUUGGAAUAAUUUUGUGUUGGGAGGAGGACAUUAUGCCGGAAGCCACAAAAUCCUUUUUAAGGCUAUUUCAGUCUGCAACAGAAACCAGUGCCGAGACAUCCAGAACAACUUCAUUCUUUAUUACUGACUAAUCUUUUUCAUUCAGUUGAAUCUGUGACCUUGAACUGUAAAAUGUCAGUGUUGUAUCUUUAGUUAAUAUUAAGAAGUUGUGAAUUAAAGUAUUUAAAAAUGA